CUUUUAAUAUAUGUUUAUAAAUGUUUAAUUUUGUGUCAAAGUAAGGUUUUAAUAAGUAUUUUAAUUUAUAAGUUGCUUACGGAUUCAUUUAUAUAAUAACACCAAAGAUGUUUUGUGUUUUCAAAACACAUGCAGUUACAGGAGAUGUGUGUUUACAGUAAUAUUUCAAUUACUUUUUAUAAUUAACUGAAAUUUUGAUGAUUCUCAAAAUUUCAAAAAAAUGUCAAAGAAAAUUCCACUGAGCCAAAAUGAUAUACAACCUACAUUUAAAGGAUUUCUUGAACGAAUGAAAAAUAAACAGAUGCAAUCCAGCACCCCUAAAGCAUCAAAUAUAAAUUUACAGUUAAAUGAAGGUUUGGAUAUGUGUAAAAAUCAUGAGUCUGAUAAUGUAAAGAAAUCAGAAGUGAAUACUAAAUCAUCUAUUAUAUCUCUUGAUAGUUCUAAUGAGUCACUCUGUGAUUCUUCUAAUAUUAUUAAAAAGUCAGAUAAUCAAGAUGCUAAGCAAGAGGAAACACUAUCUAAUAGUAUAUGUAACCCAAAAUUUUCUACAAUUGAAAACACACAAAAAUCAAAAACAAAAGUUAUUUAUUCAUCAGAUAGUGAAGAUGAUAUAAGAGUAAAACCAACUUCAAGUUUAAAUAGAAAGAAUAGAAUCUUUAACAGUAGCAAUGAGGAAUCAAUAAUAAAUGAACAUUCUCCAUCUGUAAACAAAGAUUGUAGGUCUGCCAUUAAUGAUGUAUCUUCUAAAGAAUCACCUGAUAACAAUAAUGUUUAUGAAACAGAAAUAAAUGAAAAAAAAUUAAUUGGAGAUGAUAGUCCAAGGACUCCAAGGAAAUAUUCUACUGAUAUAAAGAAUGAAAACUUCAUAAUAUCGGAUUCAGAUAGUAGUCCAAGUUUUAAGCAUAGUCCUAUCCAAAUUUCUAGGAAGAAAUGGAUAGGACCAGAUUUUAAAUUAAAUUUGAAACCUUUAGGUUUAGGAAAACAAUUGGAUCCUUGGAUAGAAUCUUCAAGGAAGAAACCAAUAAUGUCUUCAGUACCUGUCACAAAGCAAAAAUUAGAGGAUAGAUACAAACAUCUGAAAGAUUUCCAAAUAGAAGUUCUUGAAAAAUUUUAUGCUGCAUUAGAUCAAAUUCCAUUGCCUGUUUUAGAAAAAUUUCCGGAUUUCAACAAACAUUCAUUUCAGAAUUUAAAAAUUUUAUACCAACAUGUCAAAGCAAAAAUAAGAUUAGUUGAAACAAAGUUAAUUCACGUAAAAACUGAUGAAAAUGAAAGACCUGCAGAUGAUAAAUUAUGUGAAAUUAAAAAUAGUUCACCGUUAUCUAAAAUAAUUGGAACUUCAGGAGGACAAUCAAUCUUAAGUAUUUCAGAUAGCAGUAGCUGUAAUUUAUCCACUGUUAAUUUGGUUGAUACAGAAUCAAGUUCCAUUAAUACUAUGAAAAUGGAAAAUACGGUUUCACCAAUAGUAAAAGGAUCUUCUCAAUUUUUCGAGAAAAAGAAUGAAUCACAAGUAAAAGAACAAAAAGAUACUAUUAUUAAUUCAUAUGGUUCACCCAAUCAAGUAAAAUCUACUGAUUCUUUAGUUCAAGGGAAAAAAAGUAAAUUUCAGUUAAAAAGACCCAUUAAAGCAACUAUAGGUUCUGAAGUAUCUAAACGAAUUGGAGAAAUAUGGGAAAAAGAAGAACAGUCUAAAAUUGUAAACCCUAAAGCAGUAGCUGUUAAUUCUGAUAAUUAUAUAAAUUUUGAUGAUUAUAAAGCAAAACAAAUUGAAGAAAUGUGGGAAAAAGAUAAACAGUCUAAAAUUGUAAACUCUAAAGCAGUAACUGUUAAUUCUGAUAAUUAUACAAAUUUUGAUAAUUAUGAAGCAAAACGAAUUGAAAUCAAUAAAGAUGCAUGUUACACAGAAGAAAAGAAGCAAGACCUUCGAAGUAGCGAAAUAUUGAAAUGUGAAAAUAAUCAACAGGAUUGGUUUGAUACAUUGAAUGUAGAUGAUGAUGCUUUAUAUUCUGAAGAUAUAGUUGACUGCUUAACUCAAGAACUUGAACAGUUUCCUGCAUUAAAUAAAGAAUGUAAUAUAAAAUCAGUAGUAGCUACACAAAAUAUUAAUGAUAAUGAAUAUGGCAAAGAACAACAAAAAACAGCUAAAACAAAUACUGAAAUCGGUAUUUUCACUGGAAACUACAAAAACGAUGGUGUUAGUGGUGAAUUUGAUGGAUUAACAUAUCCGCAUUCACGAGAAAUGUUAAAGAUUUUUCGACAAAAAUUUGGAUUAUAUUCAUUUAGACCGAAUCAGUUGCAAGCAAUUAAUGCUGCAAUGUUGGGAUUUGAUUGUUUUGUUUUAAUGCCAACUGGAGGAGGAAAGUCAUUAUGCUAUCAACUGCCAGCUCUCUUGUUACGUGGAAUUACAAUUGUAAUUUCACCAUUGAAAAGUCUUAUUCUUGAUCAAGUACAGAAGCUUACUUCUCUUGAUAUUCCAGCUGCACAUAUGUCUGGUACAAUUACAGACAGCCAAGCAGAAGGAAUAUAUAGAGAACUUUCAAAAAAAGAACCAGCUCUUAAAUUACUGUAUGUAACUCCAGAAAAAAUAUCUGCAUCUCAAAAAUUUUGUAAUCUCUUAACUACCUUGUAUGAAAGAGAAUUAUUAGCUAGGUUCGUCAUUGACGAAGCACAUUGCGUUAGUCAAUGGGGGCAUGAUUUUCGACCUGAUUAUAAAAGAUUAAAAUGUCUUAGAGAUAAAUAUCCUAAAGUACCAAUGAUUGCUCUUACAGCAACAGCUACACCCAGAGUUCGAACUGACAUAUUGUAUCAGUUAGGACUUACUCAACCAAAAUGGUUUAUGUCGAGCUUCAAUAGGCCGAAUUUAAGGUAUAGUAUAAUUGCAAAGAAGGGAAAAAAUUGUUCAGAUGAAGUUAUAGCUAUGAUAAAUACAAAGUACAAAAACGACUGUGGUAUUGUUUAUUGUUUAUCUCGUAAAGAAUGUGAUGAUUAUGCGAUGCAAAUGAAAAAGAAUGGCAUUAAAGCAUUAAGCUAUCAUGCUGGGCUUACAGACAAUAACAGAAGUAAUAUUCAAGGUCGAUGGAUUUCAGAAGAAAUAAAAGUUGUUUGUGCAACAAUAGCGUUUGGAAUGGGUAUUGACAAACCAAAUGUACGCUUUGUAAUCCAUGCAGCUCUUCCAAAAUCUAUCGAAGGUUACUAUCAAGAAAGUGGACGUGCUGGUCGUGAUGGAGAGAACGCGGAUUGUAUAUUAUUUUAUAAUUAUGUUGAUAUGCACAGAAUAAGAAAAAUGAUUGAAAUGGACAACUCAAAUCCUGAUGCAAUAAAAACUAAUAUAGAUAAUUUAUUUAAAAUGGUAUCAUUUUGUGAGAAUAAAACAGAUUGUCGCAGAACGCAGCAACUUAAUUAUUUUGGAGAAGUAUUCAAUCGACAACAAUGCAUCGCUAAUAAACCAACAUCGUGUGACAAUUGUAGAUGUAAAGAUGAUUUUACAAUGUUAAAUGCAACGGAAGAUGCAAAACAAAUUAUGAAAGCUGUACGCGAUAUUAAUCAAUCGAGAAGUUGUAAUCUUACAUUAGUACUUCUUACAGAUAUAUUUAAGGGAAGUGAUCUCAAGAAAAUAAGAGAAACAGGUCUUAAUAAACUGCCUUUAUAUGGCCGUGGAAGAUCAUGGAACAGAAGCGAUAUAGAACGCCUAUUACAUAAUAUGGUGCUCAAAGACUAUUUACAAGAAACAAUGUAUAUAAAUAAUGAAAUAGCUUGUGCAUAUUUAAAGAUUGGUCCAAAUGCUAAUGAAUUAAUGACAAGAAAGGAUAUAAAGGUGGAAAUUCCCAUGAAAUCAUCUAACAAUAGUUCUAAUGCAGUGGCUACAGUAUCUACGGUUACGAAAAAGAUCGAUAAAGUUCUUCUAGAGCUACAAGAACGUUGUUACAAAGAAUUAAUGGAAAUAAUAAAAGGAAUUGCUGGAGCACUUGAUAUUUCAGCGGCUUCAGUUAUGAAUAUGAUAGCAAUCAGAGCAAUGAGCCAGAAACUUCCAGACACUGAAGAAGCUAUGUUACAAAUACCGCAUGUAACUAAAGCAAAUUUCGAAAAAUAUGGAAAAGCUUUGUUGGAUAUUACUCAAAAAUAUGCUGCAGAGAAAUAUGUACUAUUAAGUGAAGAACAAGCGGAAAGUAACGGUAGCGAUAACGACGAUGAUGGUACUUGGGAUAAUGACACUUCUUCUUUUACUAGUAACUUUAACAAACGCCGAGGUACAAAAAGAAAAGGUAAAAGUAAUUACCGAAACACAAUGAAAAAGUUUAAACGCACUACAACGAGUACUACGCAAAAAGGAAAAACAACGACAAAAGGAAAAAAUGCAGCUUCAAGUUCAAGUAAAGGUCCUGGACUUGUAAGUUUAAAUACAAAAAAAGACUAUAGCUCGAAUCCUUAUAGAUAUAUGCAAUUUGGUUAAUAUAUUUAUUCUGUAUUAUAUAUCUGUAUUCAUGAGAGUGUGAUAUAAGAUCAUGACUGUUCUGUAUACAUGAUUUAGUUUGUUACAUAAUAAAAAACUGGCAUUUUUGCCAUUUUUUAA